CCACGUGGGGAGACAGAAUGUCCGCCCCCCCCCGUACCUAUUGCUGUUAUGUAGUUGUUUAUGUCACGAUAGAGCGCGUUGGAAUUUCCUGAGCUUCCCUUAUUCUUUCGCAUUGCUAUGAAAGAUGAACAGCUUGCAUCAUGCCAAAUGUUCAGUUAGAAAUUAACUUGUAGGCUUAUUCGGUUAUAGAAAUUCAGUGUGUUUUACAGGUGAAUAACCUAUACGUGUAUAUAAAGUAUUUAAUUGAUGCAUUUGAGUCUGCUUGCACUUUGACACUGCAUUAGCAAAUUGUACAGAAUUGGAUAUGCCUCUUAAGGAUGAUACCUGAUUAUAUAUACAGGCCCUUUCCAGCAGUUAAUAUCUUCUCUUUUUUUUUGGCUGAUAUUCAUAUUGCUUUUAGGUCGGCAAGUUUGUACUUUGCGUAACACACUGCCAGUCUGCACCGGCUUUCUAGAAGGUGAUCGAGUUUAUCCACGUUACCUGGAACUUUCGCUCCUCACUAGCUGUUCCCGUUCCAGCCCGUCUAAUUAUAGGGGACUGCUGCAGUCACAGCAUGCUGAUGUUACAGCAUGCUUCUGUUUUUGCUGUUGCAGGACUGACAUCCCAAAACCCUAUUUAUAUAAGGUCAAUUAAUAUGGGGCAUUUAUUUAUAUUUUAAAACAAGAUCAUUGCAUGUGCAAAAACAGACUUGUACCAAUCUUUGACUGUUUGCUCUACUGAUAAUCUGAAUCAGCAAAUGAUUCAUGCACAUGCUAUGUUUUAGCCAUAGCCUUCAGCCACGGCCUUAGCCACCGAAAUAAAGCCUUACUGCGUUAGAUAAAUCAAAUUACUAGGCUCCUGACGCCCCUUAGUGGAUGAAUACAUGGGUGUCAUUUAGCUCUGUUCUAAUUAUAUAAUACCGUUGCACAACUAGUGCAGUCCAUGGUCAGCGUUUGCCACCUGGCGGUUAAAAUAUGUAACUGCAUCCUUCCAUACACUAGCCACUUGUAUUUUAGUGGUUUGUGUAUGGAAGGAUUCUCUAAAACGUAGAAUACAAUGUAAUAUAAUAGCCCUAUUAAAAAAAAAAUACAUUAUAUAUGUAGUAAUGUGACGUUGAUAAAUUUACAAUAAAAUAUGAGUUACAAUUACAGAGACUUUUCUUACAGCGUUUGACAUUUUAGUCAUCUAGUGCCAUCUGGAGGGGAAGAAAUAUUGAAAAGACUUGCAUCAGAAAUAUCUGUGUGAUGGGUUUUGAUGUGUGCAUAAUAAGCACGGGAUGUAUAAAUAAAUAAACAUUAAUUUGAUUAUAUAGAUAUUUAAUUGAUUAUAAUGACAUUUAACAUAUGCUUUCUGUGUGUGUGUGUGUGUGUGUGUGUGACUGGUCUACAAAGAGCUGCAGACUGCCUCUUUCAUCGGCGGAAUUACAUUAUCGAGCAACGCUUAUUUGACACCCCAUUAAAAACGUAAUAUACAGGAAGCACUUUGCAUGGAAGCCGGAUGGGAAAACAGGCCCGACGUUUUUCCCCUCAUGCUAAGACGGCGGUCGUGCUGCCACCAUUGUCCUCUGUCGAACCCCUGCAGCUUUCAUUGUAAAGAGAGUGUGCUCUUGAAAGGGUUAUCCUGCUACACUGACGAUGGGAUCUGUGAUAGUUUGGACGGGAGCUCAGCAGAACUGACUGAUGUGUUUGAAGAUGAAGGGUGUGAGGGUGAGGAUUGGACUCCACCACCAACUAAACUGACAUGCAAAAUAGCUGCCCAGCUUGAGUACUACCUCUCUGAUGAGAAUCUUGAGGCCGAUGCCUUCCUGUUAAAACAUGUCCAGAGGAACAAGAUGGGCUACGUCAGCCUGAAGUUGUUGACCUCAUUCAAAAAGAUACGAGAUCUGACACGUGAUUGGCGCACUACCCUGGCUGCUGCCCAAACUUCUCAGCACUUGGAGGUGAAUGAGAUGGGAAAUAAGGUACGACGGAGAACACCGAUCCCUGACCGUCUGCUCUGCCUCCCUACCACUAAAUUGUUGCUGGUCUGGAACUUCCUGGCUAAUGACAGUACAACAAAGUUUGAGGACAGUGGGUCAUCUAGAACUGAGCAGCAAGGGAUCAUGGAGAUGGCUAUGCACGUGUUUGGUUCAUAUGGUGCAAUCACUUCUCUUCGUAUUCUCCGCCCAGGAAAAGAGAUUCCUGCUGAGCUUAAACGCUAUGCCAAAAAACAUAUCGAGCUUGGGCGAAAACUUUGUGCUGUGAUUGAAUAUGAGUACUUGGAUGGUGUGCGUAAGGCAUAUGAAAUUCUGAAAGCCCAGGAACAGGCACAGGAUGGGAAAGGUGUCCAUGUGGUACUCCUCGGGAGCCGGGGAACACGAAAGCAAGGGAGCAGCCAGGGCCGAGCAGAGGAGGAGUCAGAGGAGAACAUUGAUACUGACUUCACAACAAGGAGAAACCGGAAGUCCAAGAAGCACUUCUACAGCCUUGAAGAUUCAGUUUUGUACAGUUCUUCAGAGUCGGACUUCGCUCCAGCCUCACCACGCCCUAACCGUAGAGUCUCUCGUCCUCAGGCUCAGUAUGGUAGCCCCCUGGCCAUCCCACGAAUUUCCUCUUCCCAUUCUGACCCUUAUAGAAACCCUCUGAGCAGCCCGGUAGGCAGUCCCCUUUUGCCACACAAGCUUUUUCCUGGAGGUCAUGCUGCCUCACCUUUAACCACUUCUCCGUUAAGCAGUACUCCAACUUCCGCCUGUCACUCCUCAUACAGUAGAAGCAAGUGCUCAGGGGAUUUCUCACAGGAUUGCACAGGGUACGGAGGGAGUCCGUGGGUCCAACGGCGCAAAAAUGCUGCACAGGCUUUUUAUCCUGAGAAAAGCUGCCUCUUGUCCCCAGAUCAGAUUAAGGGGGCUAUCAGUUUGCUAGUGGUGCGCCAGCCAUUGGGCCCUGAUGGCACUAAAGGUUUCCACAACUGCAUUGGAAGAGGGAAGGUGCUGCUGCCACAGUGAUGCACUGACGGAUCUUUGAAAUGAAUUUGUGGGGGAAUAUGCAGUGCAAAAUAUUCUUUUUUUUUAAGCCAGUGUUCAGUACUUAUGUCCAUGGUCAAAAAAAUCCCUUUAGGGUAAUUU